CGACUGGAUACCUCUCCAAACCCGUGCGUAAAACCUCUUUUGGAAAGACAUUCGGAUACCCAAAAGUAGUAUUUUGACUGAAAACCAUCGGAUCUGAAGAAAAAACAAACUCUGACAGCUAUUGGUGGAAGACGUUGACUGUAUCUUUGACUGACUUUUUUACGCAAGUGCAUCAGAAUUUUUUAAUUUAAUUUAAUUUUAUUUUUUUAAUGAAACCACCCUCGGAUGCAAAAGCAAUCUCCAGAUUCGCAGAUCAAUAAGAUUUCUGUGUCUCUUACCUUUUGUAGCUAUGUGUGCAUUGACUCGUUGGAGAUAAAGUGUCCACAAUAAUACCUUUUUGUGAGGGGGAAUAAAGGGGAGGGUGUGUGCGCGCUCUCGCACUUCAGCCUUACCAGAAAAAGGAAGAAAUCUGGGAGAGACGGGGGAAGAGAAGUUUCGUCUCCAAGGAUGACUUUAGGGACGGAUAUGUCCGACAGCUCUGCAUUGUCCGAAGAUGUAGACAUUGAUGUGGUCGGAGGGGACAUAUCCGUCGGGAAAGACGGGAAAUACAUUCACCACGAGUUCAACUUGGACAAUGACUCGGACGAUAAUUACUCCCAGAGCGCGGCGGAGAGAGGUUCCUCUCCGGGGCUCAGCAGCUCCGACUGCCCGUCAGAGCCUCUGGGAUCCGGCGCGGAGUCUGGGACCUUGAUCGGGGACAAACCCCGAAAAAGUGCACUUGUGAAACCCCCUUACUCGUACAUCGCUCUGAUCACAAUGGCCAUCCUGCAGAGUCCCAAGAAACGCCUCACGCUCAGCGAGAUCUGCGAGUUCAUCAGCAACAGAUUCCCUUACUACCGGGAAAAAUUCCCAGCGUGGCAGAACUCCAUACGCCACAAUCUUUCCCUAAACGACUGCUUUGUGAAAAUUCCACGGGAGCCUGGUAACCCGGGAAAGGGCAACUACUGGACCCUGGACCCGGACUCCGCAGACAUGUUCGACAACGGGAGCUUCUUGCGCAGGAGGAAGCGCUUCAAGAGACACCAAAGUAACGAAAUCCUCAGGGACUCCGGCGGCUUUCUGCCAGGGUUCGGAUACGGGCCGUACGGAUACAACUACGGACUCCAGCUGCAGAACUUUCACGCAGCCCACAACCCUUUCCACCCGCAUCACACCGGCGGAUCUUUCCCCUUCCCCAACGCCCCCUGCACCUUGCCUUCACCUGCAUCCAUAUUCCCUGCGCCGCAUCACUUGCCCUCCCUUCUAGGGACCGACCUGAGGAAGCCCUUUUACCCGCAGCUCAGCCCGUCCCUGCCGCCUCUCAAGACGGACUCCAGCUCCACAACGAGUCGGCCCUCCUUCUCCAUUGACAACAUCAUAGGAGCGGCCAACUCCAGCGGCUCUUCCUACAGCGCGCAGAGCAGCAGCCAGGCUCAGAUCCUGGCCAUGCUCACCCCGGCGCUGGCCUCCGCUUCCAGCCACCUGAACAUUUCCCAGGAGGGCCUAUUCCAAGCAAGCCCACAGAGUCAGACUUUCCCCACCAAGACCUCCAACUUGAACACUUGCCCUUUCUAAAAACUGAAAAAGUGAAUAAGAAAUAAUAAUUGUGACGUCGUCCUAUGUGAAGGUAGGAUGAACAUUUUUGCUGCAGAAAGAAAGAAAGACAGUGAGAGAGAGAGAGUUUGUUUCGAGCUCUCUCGGUUUCCUAUCAAUGUGAGAGGAGACUUUAUUUAUGCGAUGUAAAUAUAUGUGCAUAACACUGAGAGGCGGACAACUUAUGAAAGAUCAUAAAAACAAACACAAUGCAGGCCUGCAAGUCCGUCUGCGCUUCUCAUUUAGCAGGUGAUGGGAUUUAAAAUAAUAAUAAUAAUAAUAAAAACUGAUAUUUUAACAUAAGUUAAAGUUGUCACCAACGACCAGUGGGGCUUAUUUCAAUUUUUUUUUUAUAAAUAUAACUGAGAAUUUAAUUAUGAUUUAUAUUGUGUUUAUUGUAAGAUGGUGGCACUAUUGUUGUUGAUAUCUAGAAGAAAGACGGCAAUCUCAGGUUUUUACUUAGAAAGCACAUGAAGACGAAAUGGGGGGUUUCUGACUUUACAUAUAAAAAUCACUCCAGUCUCCCGUAGUCCCCCUUUUACAUGGUGAAUUUGUGGCAAUAUCGUUUCCUGUUGUCAGUGGAUACAUCUAGGUUGCGUGAUUGACUCUCUCAGCCUUUUUUAAAUUGUUCGUUCCUCCCUAUAUUUACAGUUGAAUCUGUGAAACAUUUGUCUUGUGUUGCCAAUAGCUGAGCACCUAAAUGUUCAUAGGUCAGUUCUUUUUUGUUGUAACGACAACAAUAAUAAAUGUUUGUGAGUUUAAGAAACAACAAACUCUUUUUUUUUUACUUUAGUCUUUCUGCAUUCAAAAUUACAAGAAAUUUAAAAAACUCUUAAAGUGCAAACGAGAGCUCGCAAACUUGUCUUAAACUUGUCUACUUUUCUUUUCUUUUCUUUUCUUUUUCUUUAAAUGAAAAUUCCUUGAAGAGGUUCCAAACUAUGGGAUUUAUUUGAAAUCACGUUCACGACCCAGAUUCUUUCACAUUGUUGCGUAUGUUGUUAGGGAUUUCCCAAAUAAACUGCCGCUUGGAAGGAAAUGAUUAAUGUGUUAACAACAACAUUAGCAGCUGAAGCCUGCACUAAAUUGAUGUCUGGGUAUGAAAAAGACACAUAAUUCCCCUUUAUGUGUUUCCACAUGUUGAUGUGCACAAAAUUGGAGAAUAUCACGCAACAGUGGGCAAGUAUAUUCCUCUUGUGUGGCUGUUACUCGUUUGUAAAAGGUCCAGCGACUUACAAAGGCCCCCCCAAAUGAAUGUGAGGGGGGGAGACGUUAUAGCGAGCCUCGGCACUCUGUAAUUGAAAGUGAACAAGGAUAUCCCCACGGUCUUUGGGGGCUUUCGUUGCUAAUUUGUAACAGCAUUUUUCAUCGGGCUCUCUAAUCCACAAUAAUGCAGCUUUUUUUCUUUCCUUUUUUUUCUUUUUUUGCUCGUUUGUUGAUGUUGUCAGCGUGGACCCCUGGCCCAGGGGACUGAAUGUGCACACAGCGAGCGGUCCAGCCACACACAUAUAGGCUCUGAAAAGCAAUCUUCUCAAAAGGCCCUCGGUUUUGCUCCGCUUUCAUGCCAUCCGUGUUGUCGUAUAAAAAGAAGCAGUGGGACUCGUCCUGCAACAGACAAACAGGCCUAUUGGUCUUUUUCAAACUUGUUGGACCACAUGUUUCCAUACAGAGGGGAGGCGCAAAGACCCUCCCCAUUAUUUAGGAAAUCUGUGCGCAAAUGGCUGAAUUAGUUUGCGGGUGUUUUGACAGAUGAUUAUGGUGGAUGAAGGGGUCUUUGAAACGAAAACCAACACAUGACCACGUUCUUUAUCCGGACCCGGGUCUUUUGUUUCUUUUCUACUUCUCUUGAGCUCGUUAGUGGAACUGAGUGAAACCGAUGAAAGUCGAGAACGGAUUUGAGGGAAUCAUUUUGAUUAGCGCCUCUCCUGCCCAUGCUCUGUUAAUGGAUGUUCUCCAUGUACAAUUUGCAAAGUAAAUGGCCUGGAAAAAACAUUAGCAGACUAUUGAAGUUUUUCCUCUGCAUAGGGAGUCAUUACGCACCGCAUCAGACCAUUAAGAUCCACAUCAAGCGCUUGUAGGGGUGGUUAAACAUUUAAAGAAGGAAAAGGAGGCCAAAAGAAAAAAAAAAAAGAAAUAAAAAAAGAAAAUUGCAACACAGGCUGGAGCAGAUGCACACCCUACGGAUCAACCACCAAAAAAGGGUUCAAACCGUGGCACACAUUUGAAUCAGACAGUUUGACAGUGAGCUCACUUGAUUAUCUGCUCAAAUGCGCACAGACAUGAGUCCAGAACGGAAACUCGCUGGUUACCCAUCAGGCGCACCCGGGUCACACUCGUCCGCCCUUCUAAUGUUCCACAUACAUUCAAACGGGACACCAUCUGUUGAUAAAUUCGUCAUAAAUAUCGUGUUUUCCACGCCGUUGUCACCCGAGGACCACCCACACCAGCAUCAGCACCAGAGUGCAUCCUGAUUUAGGUACCGCAGAGACAUUACUCAUUUUUUUCUCUUUUAAUAAAGAACUGAGUGAUAUGUGAAGUGACAGCCAAAUGACUCAACAGUUCAUAAACGUUUGUAAAUUUCAAGGCAAUUCCCAUCUUUUUUCUAACUGCUUCCAUGUGCGCAAAUUGGGCGCUACACUCGCGAUUUGAGCCGCUGUAAUUUAUUUACAGACGUCAACGAGAUGUAGCUGUUACUCCGCUAUUUUACAAAUUCAAAGGAUCUUUAAAAGAAAAAUAACACCAAAAAUACCUAUUAUUAUUAUUAUUAUUAUUAUUAUUAUUAUUAUUAUUAUUAUUAUUAUUAUUAUUAUUAUUAUUAUUAUUAUUAUUAUUAUUAUUAUUGUUGUUGUUGUUAUCAAUGCAUUCAUAACAUUAAGCCAAUCUAUGAUGUUGGUGCCCUGUCAAUAAUACAAUAAUAACCUCACUUAUCGAUGGAUUUUGAUUUUCUUUUUGCAAAGUUGUUAAAAUGCACAGAGAGGUACUUUAAUUGAUAUAAUAUAAUAUAAUAUAAUAUAAUAUAAUAUAAUAUAAUAUAAUAUAAUAUAAUAUAAUAUAAUAUAAUAUAAUAUAAUAUAAUAUAAUAUAAUAUAAUAUAAUAUAAUCGUUUUUAAAUUUUAAGGUUGCUCCUGAAUUUUGGACAUCUUUCUAAAGUGGAGCAUUAAGAAGAUUCAAUUGAACACUUUGAACUUUUUCGCAUAAAAUAAAACAUCAAAUCUGAACACCAACAGAUGACUUACCCAGAACAGACUUAUAACUUAACAGUUAAAAUACAAAAAAAAAGGCAAAAAAGAAAGAUACUCAUUCUUUAUUAAUCUGAAUGUGUCCAAAGCACCUAACGCACACACACUCUUACUUGUAUACUAAUGGUGAAUUUUGUUGCUUUCCCAACAUGUGGAGCAGUUUGACAAGUGGGUCAACCUGAAAUUGUGUAAUGUUUUUGCGUGUGUAUGCGGACGCGCACACAAACACACACACACACACAAAGCCACCACAUAAUAAUCUUGGCAUGGUCCGUUCGGCCUCCCCGCCCGACUCUCCCCCCACUUAUCCCGGCCUGGAGGAGAGGCGAGCGGCACGGCUUCGCAUCUGCAAGCUCCCUUAUAAAUCAGUGCAGCACCCGGUCUCCCUGCUCAGCCCUGUGUUUUUCCAACGCGCAGAGGAAUCCUCUGCUUAAUUAAUUUAGAAUGUGUAAAUAAAGUGAGGACAGUGAGCUCUCCGUCAUCUCUGGAAUCACAAUAUUAAUUCUGGACCAUGUUUGCCCUCGCUCUCUUGCUCCUAUAGUAAUGUAGACAUUAAAAGAACACCUGCUGCAGAAAACAAGGAGCAGGGGCCGGCGCGUGUGCGGCUACAUGCACAUGCGCAAAAACUUUUAUGCUUUAUUGGGUCAGGAGGUAUCAAUGACAAUGUUAGUGGAAAUCAUAGCAGGUUAUAUAUAUAUAAGUAGUUUGGACCUUGCAUUAUACGUGUUUGGCAUCAGUUGACAUUGCAUAUAAGUUUGCAUUCACAAAGUUACCUUAAGAGGAUUUUAAGACUAAUAACAUCAGCAUUGGCGGGGAAAAAUACAAACAAGCAAAAAAAGAAAAAACCCAACGUGUUCUUAAAAGCAUAAAUAACGGAACUAAUGGACAAAAUUUAAGAUAAAAUGGUAUAACAGAUAAAGGAAUGAUAAUACCAAGAAAAUAGAGAUUUUAUUUGGAGCCCUGCGACAGAUUGGCGACCUGUCCAGGGUGAACCCUGCCUCUCGCCCGGGACGCAGCUGGAUGGGCACCAGCAACCCUCCCGACCCCAUUAGGGACGAAGGGUGUUCAGAAAAUGGAUGGAUGGAUGGUUAUUUGGAGCCCUGAAAAUAAUAAUGAAAAAAAAAAACCGAAUAAAUAUCUGUCCACAGAAGUUAGCCAAAUGAUUAUUUCAUCUCGAGUAAUUAACCUUUUGCCAUAAUAAGAAGAAACAUCAGACAAAAAACAUAGGAAACAGUCUAACCGAAUAGAAAGAGUAAGGUUUUUUUUAAAGGUUUUUGUAACUAUUUCAUCAGUAAAAAGAAAACAAAGUAAAAAAUAAAAAAAAUAAAUGAGAUAAAAAUAAAUAAAUAAAUAAAUAAAUAAAUAAAUAAAUAAAUAAAUAAAUAAAUAAAUAAAUAAAUAAAUAAAAUAAAACAAAACUAGAAAACUAAAAUGCCCAAAUAUUCAACUAUUGACUAACGCAAAAAAGAGAAAGUGAAAAAACCCUAUACUUCCCGCAAAAAACCCCCGCACGAUUAGUAUUGAGCUAAUUCUUAAUUUAAAGAAGGAAUUUAACAGACAAAACAGGGAACUUGGGACAUUAGCAUCAGAGCUAUAUUACACCCAUGCGCCAGUAGACAAAAGUGGGUAGAUGUGUAUUGACCAUGCGGAACCAUGCAUCCCGGAACAUUACACAUUCACUUACUGUGCCAUUAUCUAAUUAAACUAAGCCAGUUAAAUUAGGACCUGCUGGCUGUUCCGCAUAACCAUUUCCCCUCUCUACCCCUUUCCCGCCUAUCUCUCCUCCCUCCCUAUUGGUCAUCGGUCUGUCUGUUGGGCGCCUCCAUCCAUUGGUACUUACAGUGAAGUUUUCACUGCAGCACUUUUCCUCUGUGCAGCUUUUGAUAGAGGCGCGCAGCUGCUGCAGGCCGCUCUCACACCACCAUCAGCGCUAUGAUGCGGGCGCUUUUUGCAGGCUUCUUCUAUUUGACCUUAGAUGCCAGCAGGGAAGGGUCAUGUGAGUUUGAAGGUAGCUCCAGCCGAUUUCUCCAAUAGGCUAUUACUUUAGGAUUUGAAGGGUUUUAUGCACUUUGGAAGCAUUUUUUUUAAACUUAAUCUAACAGAAAGAGACAGUACUUCAUUAUCGGUUGGAUUACUCCGUGUUGACAGAUUGUAAAGCGAAGUCUUCUAUAAUCAUUUGGACUGACUACUUUAUCUGACAAACUUGAAGGGGGUUAUUAUCAAAAAUCAAAUCCAUAAUCAUACGUUAUUAUGCAUUAAAAAUGAAAUCAAAUGUCAGUAUUUAAAUUCAUGCAGAAAACAUCCGCGGAUGUUGGUAAGUUAGACAAAUGUAACUUCUGCCGUGGAACCUCUUCUGCCUCUUCAGAUAGGUGAAAAUGAAACUUUGUUUAAGUUGACAUCCAAUCGACUUCGGCGUGAAAGUGUGUUUUCUAAGAGUGGAAAACCUCGCGAUAAAGUUGAAGUUUACUAUCCAGGGGUGAAAUGCGAUCACGCCGAGGUCGCGGGGCCAAACUUUUUAAGACUAAUGUUUAUUUAGAGAAGUGAGCGCUGUCUAUAGGACUCCCCGUUCUCCCAGAAUGCAGCAGUAAUGUCUUUACCAGUCCAGACUGGACCACCGGCAAGAGAGCAAACGCAGCUUUGCAAAAGUCUGCAGCCUCUCGUGGCCCUUUUCACACAGAGAUAUGCACACAUGCCACCAUGCUAACAUUUAUGGCCAACAUGUUAACAUUUGGUGGUGAAGCUAUAAACUGGAACAUAUUUUUUGCACUACAAAAUAGCUACUAUCUUCUUGUAUUAGUCUGAAUUAUUGUAAUUUCAAAACAAAAAACUAAAAGUCACAUCCCAUGCAGCAUUGCAAAAAGAAAAUAGCUUCAUAAUGAGGUGUAAAAACUGACAUAUUUUACAAUGCGUUUCCAACUACUUGGAGAGCAGAAGCGUGUUUUCUUACAGAUUGUAAAAUUGAAUUAGAUAUGCUUUGGAAUCUGACCUCUUGCCAGACCCACAUGUGUUUCCCCCCUCAUGUUUUAGUGGUCCGUGGGUAUUUUUUUGUUUUCUCAGCUGGAACUGCCAUUAGACAAUGUGUCCAUGCUGUCCAUUCCUAUCUUUACCAUCUCUCCUGGCUGAGCUCUCCAUGCAGAACCACUUGCAGUACAUCUCUCCCCCUCCAAUCCCCUCCAGGUUCCUCCAAACACCUAGACUCUCUAGUCCUCUGACACAGCAGCUCCUCUGCAGCCACCAACGUUGAUGGAAGAAGAAGUAAGCUGAAGAAACAACUGUGUUGCAACCAAUGUGUUGGAAGAAAUGAUGAGGAUUGGAUUUGCACAAGCAGAAUACCAAGAUAAAAAAAAAAAAAACAUCCUCUGAGGAAUCUUAUCAUGAGAUUAUAUAAGCAGGUUAUCUAAUUUAUUUAAAUUUAAGUGUAUUAAUAUAAUAUAAAUAUGUUAAAUAUGUUCUUUGAUGUAUACAGUGGCUGGUUUAUUUUUGUAAAAAAAAAAAGAAAGAAAAAUACAGAUGGAAUAAUGUUCAGAGCUCUGAUUUGUGGUAUGAAGGACAACAAGAGAGUGCAGAAAACAAAACAAAACAAAGAAAACAAAAAACAUCUGUUGUUAUAAUUUUGUUCUUGGUAAUAUUUUCUUGUAUUGCUUUCAAUGAUUUCAGAAAGCCCACAGUGUAAAUCUCAUAUCAUUGUUUUGUUAUAUUUUGCAUGAAUCUUAUUAUCAUAGGAUGUAGUUCCAGAGUGAUUAAUAAAAACCUAAAGGCCAUGGGAUUCUUGGGUUCAAGACAAUGAGGCAAGAUAAGAUGAUAUGUGUAAUUGCUUUUUUUUUGAAAAACUAAGAAUUUCUUUUUUUUUUUUUGUGGUUUUCACAAAUAGGCUUUGUGAAUUUAGACCCAGUGUUAAAAAAUGUGUUAUACGCAUUAAAACCUCAGAAUACAGUGUGAAAAAAACGUCAACCUAAAAGAACAUUUAAUGACAGAAUGAAUUAUGUUAGCUAAACACCCCUUUUUUUUAGUGUCACUGGGAAUAUCAAAUCAGAAACAAAUUUCAGCACAAUUAGCCACAAUUAGAUGUAGAGUCAUAAUUCUUAUGAUUUCAUUUUCAAUGUACUGCUAAUUUUAUUGUGACCAUUGUGUUCAAUUUUCAUUUUUAAUCACAAUGGUGUUCAUAAUCACCAUUGUUUUUCUGUGAUGGAUUCUCUUAUGAUUUUAAUCUAAUUCAAAAAUGUGGUGCAGGUUUUUAAUCUAUGUUGAGUUUAUUGUUUCAAUAUAAUCAGAUCUGGCUGCAGAUAUAUUAAUAAAACACAUUGUGUCCUUAGUUGGUCGAGAUAUACAAAUUCAACUUUCUAUGUUGCAAAAACCAUGAGGUCUAUGCACCCGCCGACAUUUCCCCUUCUGCCAUUCUCGACUCAAAGGCGUCCUGGGCAAAGAGCCCUUUAAAUCAUAUAAAAAAAUACUUGAAGGUGUUGACUAAUGAACAAGAAUUAAUAUCUAACUUUUUGACUUGUGUUGAGAAUAAAUAAUUCUGCUUCUUCCUUUUGUCUCUUUUAGCUAGUUGCAAAGCUAAGGCUAAAAUAAACCACAUGUUAGGAAAUGCAAAUGGGAGCUGGAGUAAACGAUGACACACUAGGAAAAGUCCUCUUUUGGGGCGAAGCUCAGCGGGACAAAGGGGAUGGGAAACCCUUGUGGGAUUUCUUUUGACUGUUAGCUCUUAAAGGUAGCAUGUCAAAAUGGACCAGCUGUAUUUUGGUAUAAUAAAUGGAAUUCAUAAAUUCAACUCACUGACUCUUCUGUAACCUUAUACAUCACAAACUUAGCAUAGAGAACAGAUAAUUCUCCUCACUUGGAACUAUCUUAUUCAUUCAAAGACUUAAUUGUGAACUGUCAUAAUCAGAUCUAUAUGACUUCAAUAAAGUUACUUUUUCUUUUACUAUCGAAGAAAUUGAGUAGCUUCACAGAUGAACGAAUGCCCAUUUUUGUGGGAGCUGGUGGCAAUGCAAUCACACACAAUAAAGUUCCAUAUGAUUCCUCUGUGGAAGUGGACAGGAGCAACAACAAUGUAAACAAUGGAUGCUUUUUUUCCUCUGAAUGUGUGCAUUUCAAUUUAUUGUCUCUGUGUUAAAAAUGUAAAAUUUUACUUGGGAUUUUUGUAUAUUCAUGAAUCUGAAAAAUGUAAAAAAAAAAAUAAAUAAAUAAAAUCAGCCAUGUAAAUAUUGAAAGUUGUGGUUUUGGAAGUUUGAUGAAAAUCUCUUUAAUUUUACAGAGAGAGACAAAACACCGUGAGCCUCUUUUCAAGGAGGCAAUAUAAUGUUCCUUUUACUAACCAUGUUGAGUCAAAGACAAAGCACAAUCCAGUAGAGUCAAAUUUAAUCUGAUAACUAAAUCAAGAUGUUUUUUUAGCUUUUAAAUGCUUUACA